GUGCGUGCAAUCAACCCGUUUAGCGCGAUAAAAAACCGAUCCGGUCUUUCCUCGCUGUCGUCGUCGGUGCGUUCUUCAGCUCGGCAAGAAGAAGACGGCGAAGGCGAGGAGGAAGAGGAGAUGGGAACUGUUCGUCGGUCCACCAUCCCCGCCGUUUUAUAUCUUCUUCUCGCCGUGGUAGCGAGUGGGAUCGAAUCGCCGCAGUACACAGUCGUCCACGCCGAAUCGGACUUCGAGAUUCGGCUGUACAGACAGACGGCCUGGAUGUCUGCCCCCACCGACGACAUCUCCUUCGAGAAGGCCACCAAAAUCGGCUUCCAUCGAUUGUUCCAGUACAUUCAAGGAGCCAAUCUCAAUUCCACAAGGCUGCGAAUGACCACCCCUGUCCUUACAAGCAUCGUUCCGGACGCAGGUCCUCUUGGCUCCUCGGCGUACUUCGUCCGGUUUUACUUGCAGGUGCAGUUCCAAGCCUCCCCACCUGUCCCUCUCCCUGAACUAGAACUCCACUCUGAUAAAUGGCCGAGCCGCUGUGUCGCAGUGAGGCAGUUCUCCGGUUACGCCCGGGACCGAAACGUCAUUAAAGAGGCAGAGAAACUAGCAAUCAGCUUGAGCAAUUCGCCCUGGGCCAAUUCGACCGAAUUUGACGGUGAAAAUGCAUACUCAAUUGCACAGUAUAAUUCUCCUUUCCGCAUCAUAGGUCGGGUUAAUGAGGUUUGGGUCGACAUUAAUUGUGAAUCGUCUGUCGGUAGAGAUGUAUACUAACUAUUUGUGCACGUAUAAUUCUGUAAAACUAUGAAACCUACGCAUCGAUACUGUGUACUUGUGCAUAAAUAAGUAUACUAUGUUUCUGGACUAGUAACAUAUGGAAUAUAGAUUCGGUUUGAUGGAUGCAUCAGCGCUAUAACAUCCCCAAAUCGCAAUUACUCCGGUGGGAAGUUGUGUUUGCUGCUUUCUUUA